AUGGCCCGUGGUGCUCAAAAGGAACAAGCUAGACAAAAGGCACAAAAGGAAGCUGCUAAGCGUGCUGGAGGUGUUUCUCAGCUAGGUGCCCGUGCUGCUGGUCUGCAGAUCAAAUGUCCCAAGUGUUUCUCUGGAAUGGCCAAUUACAAGUUGCUUGUUCAACACAUGGAGGCCAAGCACCCCAAAGAUCCUAUUCCUGAUGAAAGCACCUUUGCUAAAUAA